AUGGCACAGAGAGGAGCUCAGUUAGACAGCGAAUCCAUCUCCUGUUCCAUCUGUUUGGAUCUCCUGAAGGAUCCGGUGACUAUUCCCUGUGGACACAGCUACUGUAUGGACUGCAUCAAAGAGUACUGGGAUAGAGAGGAUCAGAGGAGAAGCCACGGCUGCCCUCAGUGCAGGAAAGAGUUCAUACCGAGGCCUGUCCUGGAGAAAAACAUCACAUUAACUGAUUUAGUGGAGGAUCUGAAGAAGACUGGACUCCAAGCUGAUACAUCUGAUCACUUCUACGCUGGACCUGAAGACGUGGCCUGUGAUGUCUGCACUGGGAGGAAGAUGAAAGCUGCCAUGUCCUGUCUGGUCUGUUUAGUGACUUACUGUGAGAAACAUCUUCAGCCUCACUAUCAAUCCCCUGCUUUUAAAAAUCACAAGCUGGUGAACCCGUCCAAAAAGCUCCACCAGAACAUCUGCUCUCGUCAUGAUGAGGUGAUGAAGAUCUUCUGUCGUACUGAUCAGCAGUGUAUCUGUUAUCUCUGCACUAUGGAUGAACAUAAAGGCCAUGAAACAGUCCCAGCUGCAGCAGAAAGGACUGAGAAGCAGAAGGAGGUCCAGGUGAGUCGACAACAAAUCCAGCAGAGAAUCCAGGACCAAGAGAAAGAUGUGAAGCUGCUUCAACAGGAGGUGGAGGCCAUCAAUAUCUCUGCUGAUAAAGCAGUGGAGGACAGUGAGAAGAUCUUCACUGAGAUGAUCCGUCUGAUCCAGAAAAGAAGCUCUGAUGUGAAGCAGCAGAUCAGAUCCCAGCAGGAAACUGAAGUGAGUCGAGUCAAAGAGCUUCAGGAGAAGCUGGAGCAGGAGAUCACUGAGCUGAAGAGGAAAGAUGCUGAGCUGAAGCAGCUCUCAGACACAGAGGAUCACAGCCAGUUUCUCCUCAACUACCCCUCACUGUCAGCACUCAGUGAGUCUACACACUCAUCCAGCAUCAAUAUUCGUCCUCUGAGAUACUUUGAGGAUGUGACAGCAGCUGUGUCAGAGCUCAGAGAGAAACUAGAGGACAUCCUGAGAGAGACAUGGACAAACAUCUCUCUGAAAGUCACCGAAGUGGAUGUUUUACUGCCACAACCAGAACCUGAGACCAGAGCUGGAUUUCUAAAAUAUUCGCAAGAAAUAUCUCUGGAUCCAAACUCAGCAAACAAGAAGCUGUUAUUAUCCGAGGGGAACAAGAAAGCAACAUUAAUGAAACAACAACAGUCUUACCCUGAUCAUCCAGACAGAUUCACUGACUGGCUUCAGGUCCUGAGCAGAGAGAGUCUGACUGAACGUUGUUACUGGGAGGUGGAGUGGAAAGAGAGAGGAAUCGAUGUAGCAGUUUCAUACAAGAAUAUCAGCAGAGCAGAAGGAUUAGAUGAAUGCUUAUUUGGAGCCAAUGACAAAUCUUGGUCAUUAUAUUGUGACACAGACAAUUAUAAAUUUUGCCACAACAACAUACAAACUCCAGUAUCAGGUCCAGUUUCCUCCAGAGUAGGAGUGUACCUGGACCACAGAGCAGGUAUUCUGUCUUUCUACAGCGUCUCUGAAACCAUGACUCUCCUCCACAGAGUCCAGACCACAUUCACUCAGCCUCUACAUGCCGGGGUCGGGCUUCAUUAUGUUUAUCUAGGAUCCUCUGCUGAGUUUGUUAAACUGAAAUAGUCAGAACUGAUCCGACGUCCGGUUGGUUAAAAUCUUUAUUAUAGUUUCAGUUUCUUUAGUCUCCACUGUUGUUGCUGAGAACUCAUUGCUGUCAUUUCUUACCUGCUCAGAGAUCAGCUGUCUUUAUGGAGCUACUUUAUCCCCUUGUUUUGUUGAUGUUGGAGUUUGUUUGGGUGCUGCUCCCACCUGUUUCUGUUCAGCUAUGAAGUCUUUAACUGCUCAGGAGGAUUUUUAAUUCACCUAAAAUAAUUCCAUUUACAUUUACAACUUUGUCAGACCAGAUGUUACUGUUUUUCAAGUCAAUGUACA